GUUAGGGUUUUGGGAGUUGUGCAUCUCUUCAGGAGUGAACGAAACAGGCGCACUGCAGAGCAGGAUUCGAAACCGUAGGGAUGUCGCUGGUUGCAAAUGAAGAGUUUCAGCACAUACUUCGUGUGCAAAACACGAACGUCGACGGGAAACAGAAGAUAAUGUUCGCAAUGACUUCUAUCAAAGGUAUUGGCCGUCGUUUCGCUAACAUUGCCUGUAAGAAAGCCGAUAUCGAUAUGAGCAAGAGGGCGGGUGAACUUUCUGCUGCUGAACUCGAUAGCUUGAUGGUUGUUGUGGCAAAUCCUCGUCAAUUCAAAAUCCCUGACUGGUUUUUGAAUAGGCAAAAGGAUUACAAGGAUGGUAAGUUUUCGCAAGUUACAUCUAAUGCCCUGGACAUCAACCUAGUCACAAGUAUGGUUGAUUUUGUUUUGCUGGCUAGUGUGUCGAUCUCGAACCAUUGCUAGCUAACAGAAUUUGACAUAAGGUUGCUCCAAAAGGAGGAUAAAAAGACUGCACAAUGGAAAUAUCAUCAGCAAAGAAGCCUAUAACUGUACUCCGUAUCAGACGUCAUGGAAUGGGGAAAUGUUUUUAGAUGAGAAAACUGUGAUUAUCUUCAGAAAGGAUUCGGAUCUCAAUUCUUAAGCAACACGGAACCAAAUUGGAUUUCUCAUAACGAAGGCUCUAGUUUAUUAUCACAAGUUAAAUUUUAUCUUUAUGCUUCCGAGUUUGGUAAUCCUAAAAGACAUUUUGCUCAAAAGUAAAACGAAGAGUCAGCAGAGACUUUACUGGUAUUAGAAAAGUUUGGUUGCUCUGGACUCACCUGCUUGAGGGGUGACGCAAAAGAACAAUUUAUGUUAAAUUUUAUUAAUUUUGGCCAAGAUCAUGUUUUAGAGCUCAAGUCCAAACAUAUGGACUUGCUCAAGUCCAAAUAUAUGGACUUAAAAAGCGCAAGACGCCCAAGAAGCUCAAGAUUGAUAUCAAGAAGCCAUGACCCUUUCCUAAAUAAAAUAGGAUUUAGUUUAUUCCUUUUAGAAUAAAGAUUUUCCUUUUAAUAGGAUUCUAGUUUCUUUUCCUUGUAGAAUAGGGAUUUUACUUUCUUUGUCUUUAGUUAUUUUAUUUCCUUAUUAGAAUAAGAAUUGUAGCCAUCAAAGAAGAGACUCUGGGCCUAUAUAAAGGGUUCUCUUGCCUUGUAGAAUGUAAAUCACGUUUUUGAGCUUUACCCUA